AUGGCGGCGCCCGUCUACCCGGCCUGGGUGACCCGCUGGGUCUCCGGGCAGUGGCGCCAGAAGAAGCGGCCUCCGCUCAUCCGCCCCACGCGGCCGCUGGUGCUCGCCAACAAGGUGGCGAACCGCAGGGAGCAGGCGGGCGAGGCAACGUGCAUCACGGAGAUGUCGGUGAUGAUGGCCUGCUGGAAGCAGAACGACUUCAGCAGCUCCGCUUGUGCCGAGGAGAUCCGCAUGUUCCACGACUGCGUGGCCAAGGCCGAAAAGGAACGCAGGGAGAAAGCGGAGGAAGUCACCUUGGGACUCAGGGAAAACUUAACUUCAAGCAAAGCGAACAAGCUUCUGAGAAGAUUUCCUAAUAUCACGCGUUAUAUGUAAUGUACCUUACUAAGGACUGUGGAGAAGCAACUACAGCUGGGAUUGGUUUUGGAGGACAGUUCAGAAAAACAGUUCAGUGAGUGUUUGUUGUCAGGUAGUGUCUAUCUCUCUGGGUCUUGAUUGACAUGUCUUUGUUUCCAGAGUAAGAAAGAUAGAAAGAUUCAACUCUUACAGCAACAUAAGAGUAUUUGUGAGCUGCUUUGGUCUUGCAGUCUUAAGAUUUCUGCAAUGUGUUUUUCAGCCAACCACAAUGUGGGGUCAAGUCCUCAG